CUGACGCCCUUUGACCCCGCGCCCUUGGUCGGCGGCGGGAAGCGCGGACUCCAGGUUGAGGGGGAUGCAGUCCGCCGGCAGAACAUGCACUGUUUUGGAAUUUAAAGCAUGUCAUCAUGGCAAAAUUUCGGAGAAGGACUUGCAUCAUUUUGUCACUUUUUAUUCUAAUUAUUUUCUCUCUGAUGAUGAGUUUAAAAAUGCUGAGACCAAAUACGGCUGCUUUUGGAGCUCCUUUUGGACUUGACCUUCUUCCAGAACUUCAUCAACAAACUGUUCAUUUGGGGAAAAAACUUGAUUUAAAAAAGAGUGGCAAAAUCAAGAGUGAAACCAAUACCAAGAAUUUAAAAAGCGUUGACAACACUAUGAAACCGUCCAAAGCCUCUGAACUUAACCUUGAAGAACUGCCGCCUGUGAAUUACUUUUUACAUGUGUUUUAUUACAGUUGGUAUGGAAACCCACAAUUUGAUGGUAAAUACAUACAUUGGAACCAUCCAGUGUUAGAACAUUGGGACCCUAGAUUAGCCAAGAAUUAUCCACAAGGGAAACACAGCCCUCCAGAUGACAUUGGCUCCAGCUUUUAUCCUGAGUUGGGAAGUUACAGCUCUCGAGAUCCUUCUGUCAUAGAAACUCACAUGAGACAAAUGCGUUCAGCUUCUAUUGGUGUACUUGCGCUGUCUUGGUACCCACCUGAUUCAAGUGAUGAGAAUGGAGAACCUACUGAUAACUUGGUACCAACUAUUUUGGAUAAGGCUCAUAAAUACAAUCUAAAGGUCACUUUUCACAUAGAACCCUACAGCAAUCGAGAUGAUCAAACCAUGUACAAAAAUGUCAAAUAUAUUAUAGACAAGUAUGGAAAUCAUCCAGCCUUUUACAGGUAUAAGACAAGAACUGGGAAAUCUCUUCCUGUGUUUUAUGUAUAUGACUCUUACAUCACACAGCCUGAAAAAUGGGCCAAUCUGUUAACCACCUCAGGGUCUCACAGUGUUCGCAAUUCCCCUUAUGAUGGAUUAUUUAUUGCACUUUUAGUAGAAGAAAAACAUAAAAAUGAUAUUCUUGAAAGUGGUUUUGAUGGUAUUUACACGUAUUUUGCUACAAAUGGCUUUACUUAUGGCUCCUCACAGCAGAACUGGGCUAAACUAAAAUUCUUUUGUGAUAAACACAACUUAAUGUUUAUCCCAAGUGUGGGUCCAGGAUACAUAGAUACCAGCAUCCGACCCUGGAACUCUCAGAAUACGCGGAACCGAGUCAAUGGAAAGUAUUACGAAGUCAGUUUGGAUGCUGCACUUCAGACCCAUCCAAGUUUAAUUUCUAUCACCUCUUUUAAUGAGUGGCAUGAAGGAACCCAGAUUGAGAAAGCUGUUCCCAAAAGAACGAGUAAUACAGUGUACUUAGAUUACCGGCCUCAUAAACCAAGCCAUUAUCUAGAACUAACUCGCAAGUGGUCAGAGAAAUACAGUAAAGAGAGAACAACUUACGCCUUAGAUGAAUAGAUGAUGCCUGCUUCUUAAGGCCUUGAUUAGAUGUAGUUAUCAAAGUUACCUAAUUUCAAAAAAUGCAUUCCUUUUGUUUUUUGAUUUAUGGAACAAUACUAUCAAAAUCAAUAUCUAUUACUGUUACCUUAAAGUUUCUUUUUCUUUUUUUUUUUUUUUUUUUGUUAUUGGGGAUAGAACUCAUGACCUUGCGCUUGCCAGGCAGGUGCUUAUGCCACUGAGCUAAAUCCCAGGCCCUUUUUUUGUACUUUUUUAAAGAUAGUAUUGUAGUAUUAUAGAUCAAACUUGUGUAAAUAACGUUGUCUGUGACAUUAUUUGUUCUCUUUCUGACUGAAAUUGAAAAUCUGCUAGGAUGAAAAUUUAAUUUAAUUUCAUAGUACAUAAUUGCUUUUGUUACGUAAGGUAGUUACUGCACAGCUAAUUCCCGUUUGGAUCCUGGGCUCAAAGAUGUAGGACUCUGUGUACAUCUAACAAAGAAAAAUAAGGCCUAAAAAUAUAUUAUAGGGAUUUUGUUUCCAAUUUUUUUCAUUGAUUCAGUUUCCUUUAUUGUUUUAGUAAAGACUAGGUAACUUUCCCAUAGUGAUACAGUUCUCGGAAAAUAAUCACUUCUCAGAUUUGCUGUGAAUCUAAAACCACUUUAAAUAAUAGUCAAUUAUUUGUUUUAAGUUAUAUAGUUAUAUACCUUAAGCCUUACUGUGAAUGAUAUUGUGUCAGGAAGACGCUUUUUGCAGCAUGGUAUGUACCAUCAUUUGAACAUUUUUCAUAAACUACUGCAUGGUAGGUGUUUCGCAUGUUUAGGGUUUCUGCUCCACUACGCUGUAUAGUGUUCAAGAUUUUAGAAACUAUUGAAAGCACUUUUAUAAAAGUUAAUGAUUGUGUCGCAACUGUUAGGAAAAUGUUCGCAAUUGUUAGGAAAACAUUCACAAUUGUUAGGAAUAUAUGAUGCACCAAAUACUAUUAUUUUCAAGAUACUUUGUCAAUAUCUUACUAUUCAGUUAUUUAGGUCUUAAAAUGUAAUAUUCAUCAGACCUUAUUAGCUAAGAAAAAAUGUUAAUUCUAUCGCUGGAUUGUCUUUUAACAUUUUAUUUCCUACCAACAAUAGCAAAGAACAUGCACUCAUCCUUUCAGAUAUUACAGACAUGGAAACAAAAGCUUGUAUAUAUUUGAAGUAAUUCCUGAGAAGACAAUGGUGUAAAUUCUUGUAUAUUAUAAUAUAUAUUCCCAUUUAUAUAAUGAUACCCCUAUUUAAAAAUGUGAUACAUUUCACUGUAUCUUUCAAUUUAAAAUAUUUGUGAUCUAUAAGUAUCACAUUGUGUCAAAUGAAUCAUUUGUGUGCUAGAAGUCUUUAUUUUUAUUUUUUCAAGAUUAAUUCCAAAGGUUUACUGCACCAGAUGCCCAGAAAAUGGAUCAAAAUAAUACAUGGAUAAGUUUUAACAAAAAUUUUCCAAACAUUGAAAUCUUUUCAACUGAUUAAAAAUAAAGUCCCUAUCAGUUUCUCUUAAUGAAGCUUAAACAGUAACAAUAUCCUAGAAUUUUCUGUUUUUAUCCACUGAAAGUCAGUCUUUAGCAACACAUCCACGAUGGGGCUAUAAUUCAUGUCUCUGCUGGGAGGUGUGAACACCAGUGGUAAAUACGUGACCAUCCCAGGAAUGACUGUACCACAUCUACCACAAGCCAAUGGAACAGUCAGUCAUUGGGCAUCACCAGUGGUUCAAGCCAGUGAGAAGAUGUUCAAAACUAAUAAUAAUAAAAGGCAGUCUUUUAUUGCAAUUAUAGUUUUAACUAUAACUACACUAAAAAUAUCUAAUACAUCUGAAUAUUAUUUCUUAGAUAUUCUAUUAAGAGAAGCAGGUAAUGUUAACAAUUAUAUAAAUCUUAUGAGUAUAGAUAUUCAGAAAGCACUGAGAUUUAUUAUAAAAUUGCCUACCAGAUGAUAAAAUGUAUUUUUAAACACUGAUUUUGAAGUAAAACAUCAUGUUUUUAAAAAGAAGCAUGGUUGACAUUAAACUGAUUUAUAAUUUAAGAAGUUUCUAUUUCUCAGAGAAUAAUCAGGCCACUGAAAAUUACCAAAGUGCUAACAAUCUGAUUAUUUUCUUGAGAAAGUUGUAAGGAUAAAUCAGUAUAAUGAUAUUUUGAUAUAACAAGACUUCUUCAUAGGAACCAACAUACACUUGUAAGCUGUGGAUUUUUUAUUGUUAGCCACUAUAUGUUACUUUAAAUUGUUAUAAAUGUAUACCUAAUAAUAUUUUAUAACAUACUGUAUUGUUUUGUUGUAGAAAUAAAUGUUUCCUGUAUCAGA